CACGCCCAUGAGAUCGAAGACUUUGCGUGUACUCUCCGCCCACCUUCCCUGUCCCGCUCACUUUAGUGUAAACACAGAUUUAUGUGUAUAUGCUCCACCCCUUCUCCUCACAACGUCACGUCCGGUGGAUAGGAGGAACUAGCUGCUACCAUUGUGUUAUCUCCUCAUGGAAGAGAGAAUUCCUCCGGUCUACAUCUACAGCCGGGAAUAUGCGACUCUGUGCGACAGUGUGCAGAGCAAAGUGCCGAGACGGGCCAGUAUGGUGCACUCCCUGAUAGAAGCCUAUGGACUCCUCCGUCACAUGAGGGUUGUAAAGCCGCGGGUCGCCACCAUGGAGGAAAUGGCGACUUUCCACACCGAUUCCUAUCUGGAGCACCUUCGGAAGGUCAGCGAGGAAGGUGAUAACGAUGAUCCGGAGACUCUUGAAUAUGGCCUUGGUUAUGACUGCCCAAUCACUGAAGGUAUCUAUGAUUAUGCAGCUGCUGUGGGAGGAGCCACGAUAACUGCAGUUGAACAGCUAUUGGAAGGCAAAGCCCGUAUUGCUAUUAACUGGCCAGGAGGGUGGCACCAUGCUAAGAAAGACGAAGCUUCUGGAUUUUGUUACCUGAACGAUGCAGUAUUGGGGAUUCUGAAACUGCGACAGAAAUAUGAGAGAGUCCUGUAUAUAGAUCUGGAUUUACAUCACGGAGACGGAGUUGAAGAUGCGUUCAGUUUCACCACUAAAGUCAUGACGGUUUCCCUGCACAAAUUUUCACCGGGAUUCUUCCCUGGGACGGGUGAUGUUGUAGACGUUGGACUGGGCAAAGGGCGAUACUACAGUGUUAAUGUUCCUUUAGAAGACGGAAUAUCGGAUGUUAAAUAUUAUCAGAUCUGUGAAAGUGUUCUGAAGGAAGUGUUUGCGGCAUUUAACCCUCUUGCUGUUGUCCUGCAACUGGGAGCCGAUACCAUUGCUGGGGACCCAAUGUGCAGCUUUAAUAUGACCCCAGAGGGAAUUGGAAAGUGCCUGAAGUAUGUGUUACAGUGGCAGCUCCCUACACUCUUACUCGGAGGCGGAGGAUAUAAUCUCCCCAACACCGCCCGUUGUUGGACUUAUCUGACUUCAGUCUUGCUAGGACGGACGUUAUCAUCUGAAAUCCCAGACCACGAGUUCUUCACAGAUUACGGUCCAGAUUAUGUUCUAGAGAUCACACCGAGCUGCCGGCCUGAUCGUAAUGAUGCUCAGAAAGUACAGGAGAUCCUGGGGUCAAUAAAAGGUAACUUGAAGCACGUGGUUUAACGGGUUUCCGCCACAAGCUUCAUCAGUGGAGAGAAUAAAGCUGCACACAAGUCUGUGCCAUGGUAGCGCUUCUAUCUAUCAUUUGACUGACUUCUGUGACCAAUGUAUGAUAUUUAAACAUUUUGCCUUUAAAGAUUGUUUUUAUAUAUUAAAAUUUUUAAAAGACUUA